AUGUCAUCAGUUAUGACCGUCGCCGGCCCUGCCUUCACCUCGACCUCUGCUAGCUCGGCCUUCGCGGAGAUGUCUUUUGGCUUUCGGCUGUACCGUCAGGCCAGAUUGAUUCGAAAGUCCGCACACACAGAUGAAAAAACCAAACAAACCAAAAACCUUCCGGCUAGCCUUAAGAUCUCUGAAGUUGGUCAAGCUAUCUUUGUGGAGCCAGCUAGUUCAAACUUGGCAAAGAAAGAGAAGAAGGAGAAGCAGACAAAUUUAAAGAAAGCAGAGUCACCCGAGCCAGCCGAGAAGAUUACCGACAACCUACAAACCUUCGCCGCCAACCCAGCCUCUCCUACUCGACCUGACAAACGUGGUUAUGACGCCGAGUCAGCUGCAGAAUCAUCUGACCCGGCUUUGAAGAUCCGGUUGACUGGAGCCGUGCCAACAGUCCAGCUAACGUUGGAUCAGGCCGUGGAGAAGCCAGCAGUGAAGGAAGAAAUGUGGACAAAGUUUGGUGCUUUGUUCAAUGGCCAAAGAACGGCCAAACCUGAAGAAGUUAAAGCCUUUUUAAGACUUAGCGAGAUGUCCUAG